AUGGGCGCACUUGACGGGAGCCAGAAAGAUGGAGAUGUUGGCGUAGGGCGUGGUUCAAGACCGCGCGUGGUAGUUUCAGCCCGCACUACACAUCACAAGUCCAAGGCGAUGGCGCUUUCCGUGAGAAUGUAUGCGUUCCAGAGUGGUAGAAGUCCACAAUUCGGUCGAGCACACAAGUUCAUUCGCACUUGCGAUUUUGCCUGCCGUCUUCCAGUUUCUGUGCUGUGUUUGAUGCAGUAUACAUCACGCCCGUCAUAUGGAAGCAGAUCAUGCAAGCUUUUGUUGCUCGGCAUGGAGAAGAGCUCAUGCAACAGUCCGGACGUGGAGCAUGGAAAACAGGCAGCUUCAGAAAGACCCUCGCACAACGGCCAGCCGGAUGGUAAGAUUAGGCAUCGCCAGGAAUCAUCGCAGAUGGCAUGCCAGACGCCUUCGUCUGCUGUCGAGUUCGAAAUCGGCGUGGUGACACAGAUUGUUCGGCCAGUCAUACCCCUAUGCGGCUUCCCGCACUGUGAGUGGCACAGGCGUGUGACAGAUGACUUGCAGGACGCACAAGUGUCCCGUAGCCGAACCAGACGUCGUUUGAGCAGAAAGCUGGAGCUGCUCAAGGGUGUCCUUAAGGCUGAGGCUGCCAUCGAGACUGUUGCAAAGCGUCGGCCAGAGACAAAGAUCCUGCUCGCCCACGGCCUCGUCGAAGGUCGUCCUCGAUUAAGCCCGUGGACUGGGGGCGCCAGCGGCGGGGCAAUGUGGGCAUCGCUCGGGAAGUCGCGACCGCGUCUUGACGUCCAGGGAUCAUGGCCGUCAUCGACCAACGAUAUGAGCAGCACCUACAGCGUCUGA